AUGACUAGCAUCGCUGGAUCUUCACCUUCUCCUAAGCCCAGAUCAGGGCGAAAUAACCAUCGGCAAACGAAAAGCAGUUCCUUUAUAGCUGCUCCAAAUCAGUUUAACCCGAAGCACCACGCCCAGCCAAUCUACAAUAAUCAAACUACCAUUAGUACUACUCAUAUUGCUUCUGCAACCAACUACCGAGGCUCGACCCGUUCAACUGUUAUGACUCCUCCAACUACACCUAAGGCUCAACAUUUUCCUAAUCACGGUACUGAUACAUCUGGAAAGAAAAGGAAAAACAAGAAGCAGGAUAAGCCAAAGCAGGAAAAACCAAAGCCUAAAAAUGUUGCAACGAAAAUUCAAACAGGAUUUCCCCCAGAAGCUAUUCCAGUUGAUCUUGAGUCACCUCCAAUGUCGUCGGACGAGUUUCCAAGUGGUCAAAUUACACCAAGCAAGCUCUCGUCUUCAUCUACUCCGCCAUCAAUGAAGGCAUAUGCAGGCCCUACUUUUCACCAUUCGCCGGCACCAUCUGCCCUUCCUAUGCCAAAGUUUUUUUCAAAGUCUGUACCUGGUACUCCCGCUGGUACCAGCCUGCAGGCAAUGAUGGAAAGUGAUUCAAGUGAUACAAAUAGUAAUACUGCGGAAUCGACCUCUACAGAGCAGGAACAGUCACACCUUGAAUUGCUUUUCAACGCAGCUAGGGCAGAAAACAUGGGUAUGAAGCGUCAGGAUUCAUGUUCUCCCCCAUCUAGCGAUGAAGCGAUUGAUUCUUUUUCUGGAGUUUUUGGCGCCAAUGUGGACCCGGAGUCCCCUACCCGUAAUAAUCGCAAGGUCACUCGUAAUAUUCCGCAAGACUCAUUAUUUUUCUCUAUGGAUGAGCUCGACAAGCCUACGUCGCCUAUGGCCCCUCCUUUCAAAGAACGCAUGAACCAGUCUCGUUCCAUUACUGCUCCGUCCAACCUCCCAACACAAUCAACCUUGGAGGAAGAGAAACGUAAAGAAACGGCUAAGGCUCUGAGGCAAUACCUCCUUUCGCCGCUGUCCCCGACAAACAAGGCGCAAACAUCUCCCAUGUCACCUGUGUCAACCCAGAGCCGAGCUCAACGAGCUCAGAAUCCGAACCGAGCUGCCUCGCCCUCUUCCAAGGCUGGACCACCUAUGGCUUUGAAUCCAAGCGCAUAUCAACCACAAUCCCCUCGCUCACCUGCAGGCCCUGGGUAUUUCCCCAUGGCAAUGUUUCCAUAUUCAGGACCUUCGCAUUUUGAGCAGCAGAACGCUUCAUAUGUGCCGGGUUAUCCCCCUCGAACUUCACCCGCCAAUCAGGCUCCUACUCGGCCCCGCCUUAGUCCUGCUAAUAACGUCCCCGCUUACAUGAACAAGCCUUCCACAAUGGCGCCUUUCUUCCAUCACAACCCUAAUUCGAUUCUUGCCAGUAAGCUUGAAGCUGUUACUUCGCCAGUCCUUCAGCAGAGUGUGAUUGAGCUGGAAAAUGAUUUGAGGAAAGUUUUGAUGAUCUGA